AUGGCGUUGAUCGAAGCAAGGCACGACUCAAUGAGGCUUCAGCCGACGUUGAGUAACUCUUGGCUGGUGGUUAUGUAUGCGGGGAGAAGAAGUGUCGUGGCGUCGAUAGGCGGCGAGGAUCAGCGUCGGGUUGGGAAGGAGGGGAAAGGGGAAUCGGCAGUGGCAAGCGAUAGAUUCAACAUCAAUUCUCAGCUAGAGCAUCUUCAAACUAAAUAUGUUGGAACAGGGCAUGCGGACUUAAAUAGAUUUGAAUGGGGUGUGAAUAUCCAACGCGACAGUUAUGCAUCAUACAUUGGCCACUACCCUAUCUUGGCCUAUUUUUCUGUUGCUAAAAAUGAAUCCAUUGGAAGACAACGCUACAAUUUUAUGCAAAAAAUGUUGUUGCCUUGUGGUCUUCCUCCAGAGAGAGAAGAAGAUUGA